GGUUUGGAAAAAAUGGUAUCCAUAUUUCCAUGCUUUAAAAAAACACUCACCAGGACCGAUGUUGAGCGCAACUUGGAAAUUCCAAACAGGACACCGUUUUUGCCAGACGGAAAUGGGCUCAUGCUUGUGCGUGACCGAUUCGGAGUCACGUAUCAAUUCAUAGCAUCAGAAAGAAGAGGAGGGAGGCGUUCUCUUACUAACGACUGGCACGCUUUUGCAGUAUCAAAGAGUCUUCAAGUCGGCGAUCCUCUGAGGAUUUGUCGGUUGGAGAAUGGGAAUGAAUAUGUGGUGCAGGUGGGAAUCGAACUCUUUGGACCUCACUUAGUUUGGGAAACACUGUAA